GAGGAAAUGAAAUAUUUCAAUGAUUUUUCAUCGAAUGACUAUUCAUCUAUUUAUUUAAAUGUAAAUAGCAGCAAGAAAGAAAGUUCUAUGGAAAAACGGCGGUUCAAUUCGAUCUUAUCCAAUGUGGAAUUAGGAUACAGGUGUAGGCUAAGUCAAUCGAUAGAUAGUUUCAGUCCUCUUGAAAAUACCAGUGUAAGCGAAGACCCGAUUCUAAAUGAUACAGAUAAAAACACCCGUAGUUGGAGUAAUAGUGACAGCUCUAGUUACAGUAAUGUUGAUCGUUUAGUCGGCGCCAGAGACAUUCGGAAUUUCGGCGCUGAUGAAACUUUUUUAGUUAGGGAUAAUAAUAGGGACAGUUAUUCCAUAUAUUUUGAUAUUGAAAAUCAAGUUUUUGAGAUUGACACUGAUCAUUCUUUUCUGAGUGAAUUAGAAAGUUAUUUUUAUAGUUAUUGGAAUUCUAGUUCUCUGAAUAAUGGGUCUAGGAGUGGCGAUUCCUACUAUGAUCAUUAUAUGUAUGAUACUAAAUAUAGUUGGAAGAAUUACAUCAAUAGUUGCAUUGACAGUUAUCUUCGUUCUCAAGUCUGUAUUGAUAUUUAUAUUUUAACUGGCAGUUACAAUUACGGCGAAAGUUCCAUUUAUAGUUACAUUUGUGGUGAAAGUGGAAAUAGUAAUGAAAGCGAGAGUUCCAGUCUAAGAACUAGUACGAAUGGUAGCGAUUUAACUAGAAGAGAAAGUUCUAAUGAUCUCGAUAUAACUAUAACUCAAAAAUACAAGCAUUUGUGGGUUCAAUGCGAAAAUUGUUAUGGAUUAAAUUAUAAGAAAUUUUUUAAGUCAAGAAUGAAUAUUUGUGAACAAUGUGGAUAUCAUUUGAAAAUGAGUAGUUCAGAUAGAAUUGAACUUUCGAUUGACCUAGGCACUUGGGAUCCUAUGGAUGAAGAUAUGGUAUCUCUGGAUCCCAUUGAAUUUCAUUCAGAAGAGGAACCUUAUAAAGAUCGUAUUGAUUCUUAUCAAAGAAAGACAGGAUUAACCGAGGCCGUUCAAACAGGCACAGGUCAACUAAACGGCAUUCCCGUAGCAAUUGGGGUUAUGGAUUUUCAGUUUAUGGGGGGUAGUAUGGGAUCCGUAGUAGGCGAGAAAAUCACUCGUUUGAUCGAGUAUGCUACCAAUAAAUUUUUACCUCUUAUUUUAGUGUGUGCUUCCGGAGGAGCGCGCAUGCAAGAAGGAAGUUUGAGCUUGAUGCAAAUGGCUAAAAUAUCUUCUGCUUUAUAUGAUUAUCAAUCGAAUAAAAAGUUAUUUUAUGUAUCAAUCCUUACAUCUCCUACAACAGGCGGGGUGACGGCUAGUUUUGGUAUGUUGGGGGAUAUCAUUAUUGCUGAACCUAACGCCUAUAUUGCAUUUGCAGGUAAAAGAGUAAUUGAACAAACAUUGAAUAAGACAGUACCUGAAGGUUCACAAUCAGCCGAAUUUUUAUUCCAUAAGGGCUUAUUCGAUUCAAUCGUACCACGUAAUCCGUUAAAAGGCGUUCUGAAUGAGUUACUUCAGCUCCACGAUUUCUUUCCCUUUGAAUCAUAAAUCAAGUAGAGUCUGAAGUUAAAUUAAUUAUUAUGAAGUUAAAUUAAUUAUUAAUUAAAUUUUAAAAAUUUUAAAUUAAAUUACUUAAUUAAAAUUAAAAAUAAAAAUGAGUUAAUUAAAUUAAAAUUAGUUAAUUCAUUUUUAUUUCUGGCGAGCAGGUAUUUUUUUUAGCAGAAUCAAAGGAAAAAUCAAUUUUUUUGAUUUUUUUGUGACAUAACAUAAGAGUAAAUUGUAGAAAGAAUCAUGUAGAUAAUUUUUUUUUACCGAUAUUUCUGAUUACUAAUUAAGAAACCUCUAUCAACAAGAUCAACAAGAAAAAGAGUGAAUUCUUUUUUUCGUGAAAAAAUGGGCAAGGUAUAAUAAAUAAAACGAAUUUCAUGUUCUUUUCUUACCUAUGCAUAGAAAAUAUAGAGUCUUGCAUAUUUAUAUAUCUCCUGGGAAUCCCUUUUUUUUUACUAAAAAAAAAUCGACGGAUUCUAAAUUAUAACGAAUUUUGGGGGAAUUUAUAAUCGGAAAAACUCUUUAUUUUUUUUUUUAUUUUAUAUUAAAUAUAUUAAAAUAUUUUCUAUUUUCUAUUAAAGUAAAGUUAAAAAAAUGAAAAAAGAAAAAUGAAAGUUAUAAGACAAGAAAAAAAAAGAUAAUAAAAGAAGAAUAACAAAUAAAUGGAUUAUCAUAUUUCAUGUAGAAAUAUGAAUAAGUCAUUUAGUUAGUUCUACGCUCUUUGCACUUUAUUAUAUUAUAUAUACUCACUUAGAUAUACUUAGUAUAAUUAUAUACGAAUUUUAAUGAUUAUAAGAAAUCUUUCUAAUAACUAAAUAACUAAUAAAUAACUAA